AUGUUCGCCCGGCACAGGAUUGUUGCGGUGCUGGUCGCGCUCUGCGUGGCGUUUUUCAUCUGGGCCCCGACGCCGGGAUGGCUGCCAGCGAGAGACACGCUGUCGCCGAGGAUUCUUAACAGCACAUUAGGGUUCCAACACAUCUUUGCCAUCAACCUCCCGGAACGAACCGACCGCCGAGAUGCGAUGGUUCUGGCCGCUGCCUUGUCCGAGUUGGAUGUCACAUUGAUGGACGGCGUGAUGGGUCGGGAUGUUCCGGACAAGGUGCUGCCGGGUGACCCGGAGAGCCGAGAGGGGAGGUUCAAUAAGGGGAAUAAGGGGUCGUGGAGGGCACAUAUGGAUGUCUUGCAACGAAUCGUCCGCGAAAAUAUCACCUCCGCCCUAAUCCUCGAAGAUGACGCCGACUGGGACGUCCGCAUCAAAGCCCAAAUGCAAGUCUUCGCCCAAGCGUCCCGCAUCUUCACCCAACCCAACCCCUCCACCCACCAACCCGCGGCCGACGACCCCAACCUCUUCCUCGGCAACCCCCAAUCCUCGUCGUCCUCCCCCUCGUUACCGCUCACCAACCUCCCCCGGAACCUCAUCCCCCACCCUCACCUCACCCCCUACGGCGACGACUGGGACGUCCUCUGGCUCGGCCACUGCGGCACCGACUUCCCCGGCCCCUCCAUCAACCCUUCCUUCCCCGGUUCCCCCUUACGCGUCACAAUCGCCGACGACCCGACAGUCCCCUCCGCCGCACACCUCAAGCCGCACCCUUUUGCCCUGCAGGACGCGUUGGCGGAUGUGUACCCGGCACAUACGCGUGUGGUGCAUGCGGCCAGCGGGACGGCGUGCACACAGGCGUAUGCGGUCAGUCAGCAGGGAGCGAGGAAGUUGUUGUGGCAGUUUGGACUGCAGACGUUGACGACGGGGUGGGAUUUGAUGUUGCGGGAUUGGUGUGAUGGGUUUUAUCCGGCUUCGGAGGGGGCUAGGGAGGAUGAUUUUGAGGAUGAUGCGGCCGGGGAGCAGGGGAGGAAACACCCGAUGUGUGUGACGGUGCAGCCGCCGCUGUUUAGUCACCACUAUGGCCGGGGUGCAGCGUCGGAUAUUAUGGCGCCUGGGGGCGGGUUUGUGAACCGGGAGAAGGAGAUGACGCCGUAUGUGAGGCAGAGUGUGCGAUUGAAUAUGGAAAGGUUGGUGAGGGGGUUGGCGCCGAGGGAGCAGUGGGGGGAGAAGUCGGGGGAGUGA